AUGAGCGACGUGGUGGAGCGGACGCUGAGCGCCUUGCCCGGCUUGCUGGGGCAGCACGAGCCGGGGGCUGGGCUGGGCGGCGGCGGGGGACCCGGCCGGAGCUCGGCCACCUCUCGCCUCGGCGGCCUCAUCCGGAGCAUCACCGCGCUCGCCUCCAAACAUGUACGCGGGGCUUGGGGCUGCGGGGCCUGGUUUGCCUCCUUGGGAACCGGCGGGGCUUUGCUUCCGAGUAGGCGAGGCCUUUGCUCGGCUUCCACCCGCAGCCGGGCUCGGGUCCCUUGUCAGCGCGGAGGAAAUCUGGGGGAUGGGUAGGGUGCGGCGAGAGUGCCUCUGGGCAUGCACAGAGUGCCCCACGGUGCUCCUCGCCUCAGGACGCGGCCGAGGGCGAGCCUCCUUCAGCAGCGUCCUCGGAAGUUUGCAUGUAUGAAACGGCUUUGUUUUGGCAGCGUUUGGGUGGCAAUAUCGUGAUGUUUUACGUGGCUUUUUAAUUAUUAUUCAUUCAUUUAUUAUUAUUUAUUGAGUUCAUAUACCGCUCUAUACCCGGAGGUCUCAGGGCGGUUCACAGAAAAGAUCGCAGCGUCAGAAUAAAAACAACCCAAUAACAGAAUAAAUAACAGAAUAAAAAUCAGAAUAAAAACAACCCAAUAACAGCCCCCCACCCAGAAAAGAGCCACAUUUUAAAAGGGUGUACAGGAUGUCAAACAGAUUAUUUUAUUAUCGUUUACAUAUCAUAUUGUGGAAGUUUAUGGAGUAAUUUGCCAAUCUUGGGGAAUUUUUUUUAAAAAAUAAGAUGCUUGCAACUUUUGAGGUGGGGAACGGUUGAAUUAGGUUUUGUGGAUUAGAAAGAGAGUUUAGUGCAGUAAAACAAGCACAUCUUAUCCGCUGUUAUCAGUAGUGGGGUGGUAAUUUUUUUGUUUUUAGGGAGUGCUUCUUUCUUUCUGCCCCUGACUGGCGCAAAAUAAAGAAUUUGAGACCAAAAAACAAAAACAAAAAUCAAGGUGGGGGGAGGUACCCCAGGGUGUGUGCAGAUGGAGAAUAUGAUUCUAGGUUAGGAGGAAUCCAAAAAGGGAAUCCCUAGUUUAUCAGGGCAGCAAGGGCAACUCGUCCUGUUGAUCAGAUGUGGGGCACUUAAGUUCCUGGGAGGGUUGCAGGUUUGAGGCCAAAGAAGGAAGAAUAUGACCUGUUAGAUAGCUCCCAGAAAAGCAAGUAUCUUAAAAAAACCUAACAAGAUUGGAAUGAACAUUGCAAAUUUGCAAACGUGACCAGGAUGCUCUGUUUCAGCAUUUCAUACUGUCAAAACUGGUUAUUUAAAAAGUUUGGUUCUUCGAAGUUUAGCCGUGAUUCAGGCAAAGUUAGGCAUUCUUUCAUGCGCCUUGAUUUCAGCGAGAGUUUUUACCAGUGCUUUUUUCUGGGAGGACGCAGGGGUACGCAUACCCCUAAACAUUUGGAGAAUCUAAGUUUGGCCUCAUUGAGGGGCAGUAUUUCAAUAUGAGUAGGAAAAUGAGAGUACCCAUAAACAUUUUUUUUAGGAAAAAAGCACUGGAUCUAGGCAUGUGUUUAACUUCCCAUUGACAGCAGAAAAUUGUUAAGGACAUUAUGGUAGGAUGCAUCAACAGAUAUGCAAUAAGAGUAUUAUUAUUUUUUUAAAAAUGAAAUAUUGUGUUGCAUUGUGAACAACUUUUUGACAUCUAGAUGGUGUGCUUAAAAAAACAGACCCAACUAUAUGCGGAAGUCCAAUGUAAUUGUAUACACUAUUGAUGUAUAGAUGUCAAGAAAAUAGGAAUAUUUUUUGGCUGACAUAUGUGACAAAGUGCCUUUUGUUUUAUAGUUUUAUGUCUAGUGAAGUAGUAAGUAUUUACAAAAUGCUUUAAAUUUUUUCUUUACUAGGAGGAAGAAAAACUAAUCCAACAGGAAUUAAAUAAUUUAAAAGCAACAGUUUCUGCACCCACUACAACACUGGUAAGUUGUAAAAGAGAAAUGCCAAUUCUGCCUGUCCUAGCGUUUGAACGAUUUUUGCUCGUGGCGUAUAUGUUCCAUGAGAUAUUCCACUAGAGCAGGGAUGGGGAACCUUUGGCCCUCUUGAUGUUGCUGGAUUGCACCUGCCAUCAUCUACAACAGUAGAGUGUUGGUUUGAGGCUGGCAGGGAGUUGAAAUCCAUCAACAUCAGGAGGGCCAAUGGUUCCCCAUGCCUGUUGUUGCUGCCACCCGUCUUUCUUGAGAGACAAUGGAGUGUACCUCCAGGAGUGAAGUCAAACUGCUGCACCGAAGUGACUUCCACGGGGCGCAAGCCUGGGCAGUGUGCAUGGAGGUCCUGGGCCCUCUUCUUGGCUUUGCUGAUGGAAAGCAAAGCAAUAUGGCUCCAGCUUGGCUGCAGGAGUUGCUGAAAGGCGCCAUCCACCCACCUUAGGGACUACACUCCAAAUUUGUGUAGGACUUACUCCUUAGACUUUACUUCUCCCGCAAGGCAUCAGAGGUUUAGGAUCAGAGUUUAGGACCAGAGAUUUAGGAUGAGAUCUACAGUGGACGCUUGGGUUGUGAACGUGAUCCAUGCGGGAAACACGUUCGCAACCUGCAGCGCCGCGUGUGCACACGCACGGGUUGUGAUUCGGCGCUUCUGCGCAGGCAUGACCACCGAAACCUGCAAGUACAGUGGUACCUCGGGUUACUUAAUUCGUUCCGGAGAUCCGUUCUUAACCUGAAACUGUUCUUAACCUGAAGCAUCACUUUAGCUAAUGGGGCCUCCUGCUGCCGCCGCGCCGCUGGAGCACAAUUUCUGUUCUCAUCCUGAAGCAAAGUUCUUAACCCGAGGUAAUAUUUCUGAGUUAGCGGAGUCUGUAACCUGAAGUAUAUGUAACCUGAAGUGUAUGUAACCUGAAGCAUAUUGAACCCGAGGUACCACUGUAACCCGUUCUGGUACUUCCGUGUUUUGACGCGUCCGUAACCCGAAAAAACGCAACCUGAAGCGUCUGUAACCAGAGGUAUGACUGUAGUUAGACCUACCCUAAGCUAUUUAUCAUAGUGGUGCAGUGGGACCUCUCUUGAAUCCUAUAGCUCUCCAACUGAUGAAUCUUCAGAAUAGGAUUGCACUCACUGUAAUGUUAAAGAAAAGCUUGAAAAUGGGGGGGGGGGGGGAGCUUAACGGAAUCACAGCCUUAACCAGAGCAGGAUUGAAUAGUGAAAGUGCUCCCAUGAUUUUAAAAAGAAGAUACCAGAAGUGGUCCUUAGUCUUUGCCAUCUGUGGGUAAUAGCUCCCGUGCCACAUUCAGAUAGUAGCAAAUAAUUGCUUCUUCUUUUAUUUUUUGGUGUUGUAUACAGCUUGCUAAUUGUUUGCUGGAAUUCAUUAGCAUUGUUAAUGUUGAUGCUCUUUGUAGAACUAGCACUUGAGAAGCCCACUUAUUUCAGUUUGUGAUUUGCUUCUUGCAUUUCAGAAAUUGAUGAAGGAAUGCAUGGUGAGGCUGAUCUAUUGUGAGAUGCUGGGCUAUGAGGCCUCUUUCGGAUACAUCCAUGCCAUCAAGUUGGCACAACAAGGAAACCUUUUUGAGAAAAGGGUCGGUACGUAUUCCAAAGCAUCACGUGACAGUAUGCUGCUCAUCAAAACUCAUGUAUAGCUCUGGUUGUCUUAGGACUGUGGCAGGUUCACUGGAACGCAAGAACUGAGCAGGUUGGUCCAUAAUAAGUCCUUUACUACCCAUGAUUUGUGGGAUGCGGGUGGCGCUGUGGGUUAAACCAGAGCCUAGGACUUGCUGAUCAGAAGGUUGGUGGUUCGAAUCCCCGCAACAGGGUGAGCUCCCGUUGCUCGGUCCCUGCUCCUGCCAAAAUAGCAGUUCGAAAGCAUGUCAAAGUGCAAGUAGAUAAAUAGGUAAGGUACCUUCCGGCGGGAAGGUAAACGGCGUUUCCGUGCGUUGCUCUGGUUCGCCAGAAGCGGCUUAGUCAUGCCGGCCACAUGACCCGGAAGCUGUACGCCGGUUCCCUGAGCUAAUAAAGCGAAAUGAGCGCCGCAACCCCAGAGUCGGCCACGACUGGACCUAAUGGUCAGGUGUCCCUUUACCUUUACUUACCCACGAUUUAAUUAUGGAUGAUGGAGCCCAAAGUGGUAGAUCAUAAGAACUAGGCAGUACCUCCAGAUUCAGUGAAGUCUUCUUAAACAGAGGGUGGAGCACCACCACCUAUUUAUGGGUAGUUUCUUCCUGCAGAGAAACAUUAACCACUCCUUGGCCUAUAAAUCUUGUCCCGCUAGCUGGAGAAGCAGGCACCUCCCCCCACAUCCCCAUGGGCCAAAUUUUAAGUAGUCAGUUUUAUGAUAGUAUAAAAUGCUGAAACAAAGCUUGCAAAUCCGCAAACUUCCUUUGCUGUAAUGCAGUGUUUCCCAAACUUGAGUCUCCAGCUAUUUUUGGACUACAAUUCCCCUCAUUCCUGACCACUGGUCCUGCUAGCUAGGGAUGAUGGGAGUUGUAGUCCAACAACAGCUGGAGACCAAGUUUGGGAAACACUGCUCUAAUGGACUAGGUUUUGCUUUUCACUGUUACUCUCCAGUAGCUACCCUUGUGGCAUACUGUUGGGAGAUUCCAGAAAGGCAAACUAAUAUUAAAUAUUAAUAUUAAAAUAACUAAUAUUUAUCUUGGCCUUGGCCCUGUAUACUUGAAGGAGUGUCUCCACCCUCAUUGUUCAUCCCGGACACUGAGGUCCAGCUCUCAGGGCCGCCUGGCAGUUCCCUCACUGCGCAAGGUGAAGUUACAGGGAACCAGGCAGAGGGCCUUCUUGGCAGUGGCGCCCGCCCUGUGGAACACCCUCCCAUCAGAUGUCAAGCCGAUAAAUAACUAUGCAACUUUUAGAAGACAUUUGAAGGCAGCCUUGUAUCAGGAAUUUUAAAAUGUUUGAUGUUUUAUUAUAUUUUUAUAUGUAUUGGAAGCCACCCAGUGUGGCUGAGGCAUAAAGAAUAAUAAUAAUAAUAAUCAUAUUAAUAGUAGUUGUUUUCAUUAUUGAAUAGUAUAAUAAUAUUUUUUUAAAAAAAACCAAUUUUUGCCUUUUUGUUUCUCAGACAGUUUGUUAUUUAGAUUUUCCAAAACACAAGCAUUUUGUGUUUUGGGAAAACCAUAAGCUGUUCUGAGCUUGCAAGUCAGAGCAUGACAGAAAUGGAAUACAAAUAAUUUGGAACACCUGAUAUAGGUUAAUCUUUCUUUUCUUUUAGGUUAUCUGGCAGUUUCUCUAUUUCUUCAUGAAAACCACGAACUGCUGCUUCUGCUUGUGAAUACAGUUGUGAAGGUAACAGUUUUGUGGGAAGUUUGGAGGUAAACAUCACACUGACCUCAGGCCUGAGUUGUUCUCCUUUAAAAAAAGAAAAACUUUAAUUCAAAACCCUCAUAUGAUGUAUUUAUUAAUAAACUCCUUUCUUCAAUCUGUUAUAUCCGAAAAUCAAUAAAAUGUGGUAAAAAACCCUCGUUUCCCAGCCAGGACCUUAAGAAGAACACAAGGGCAAUGUGCAAGGUUGUUUCUGCUUGUUCUUAGGCCUUCUCAGUUCCCCCCUUCUGGAAGGCCUGAAGAUCCUUGGUGAAAUUCCUUUCUGAGAAUCCCAACGGCUCUCCAAUGGCUCUCCAUAGUGGCAUUCUGCAUAGUAUGACGGGCUGUCAUUGGAGAAUAAAAUAGGUUACCCCCCACCCCAUUCUUCAUUCUUCUCUGUAUGUGUGUGUGUGUGUCUGCCUGUGUCUGUGUCUGUGUGUCUUCUAAUUGCUCUUUUGUGAUUGUUAAACAAAAACCAAAAUGGCUUCUGGCUCCUUUCCUCAUCAUAUUCAGGUAGAUUAUUUGGGUCUGUGGGACUUUUCUUUUGAGUACAAUGCAGCUAUUGAGACACAUAAUUUUUGUGUUGGUUCCUGCAACCCCUCCCCAUUCAAAAAAAUCUGUUCUAAGCCCAGUGACAAUCAAACCAGUGCUGUGGGACUUUUUUUGUUGUUGAUGCAAAAAAAUAAAAUCCAAAAAGAGAAAGGUUUAGUAAUUAUUCAUUUAAGACGUUUAUUAACGCCCCACCCUUCAGCCAAAAUAACUCUGGGAGUGGCUUACAAAAACCAGUACUAAGACAGUCCUUGCUCUAGCUCGUAAUCUAAAAUGACACGGCAUGCAAGGAAAAAGGAAUUGGGCAGGAGGAGGGAAAAGCAAGCUCAUCAAGUAACAGUUUUCACAAAGCAGUUACAUAGUUUUGUCAGUGGGGAUUCUGGCUGUCUGGAAGAGCAGCAGCUUUUCGCUGACGUUAGUGGUGGUUUUGUCUUGAUAAAGAGUGGUCUCUUGUUGGAAGCACUCUUCUCCGCCAUCCCCCAAGUUCAAGAGGAAGGCAGGUGACAAUAUCCAGGCCAAGAGGACAGGGCAGCUCUUGCCACACAGUUCUUCUCUCAGGCAGCAGAAUCGAUGGUUGAGAUCUCUCAGGAGGAGACUCGAUGGUGUUGUCCCCUGUUGUCAGUGGUGGUUCCCCUUCCUAGCCACACUGCUCUUCCACUUGAAAUUGCAGUUCCAGGGAACAAUCUUAUUCUUGAUCCACUUGCUGAGAGGCUGUGGGAUAUAUAGCAAUGCCCCCUGCCCCAAUGCCCUUGCCACAUGAGAUAAUACAGACACGACGUCAGACAGGUCUGCUGAAUCAGGCCAGUGUAGUGCAACAUCCUGUUCUCACCGUGGCCUAUGGGAUGUGCAGGUGUAAUGGCACAACAGCCAAGAUGGGACAGAGGCCUGGACCAGGGAUGUGAGUUGGUUGGAGGAGGAGCAGACUUUCCAAAUCCUGUACCCCUUCAGGUCCUGGUAAAGGUAAAGAGACCCCUGACCAUUAGGUCCAGUCGUGACCGACUCUGGGGUUGCGGCGCUCAUCUCGCUUUAUUGGCCGAGGGAGCCGGCAUACAGCUUCCGGGUCAUGUGGCCAGCAUGACUAAGCCGCUUCUGGCGAACCAGAGCAGCGCAAGGAAAUGCCAUUUAUCUUCCCGCCAGAGCGGUACCUAUUUAUCUACUUGCACUGGUGUGCUUUCGAACUGCUAGUUUGGCAGGAACAGGGACUGAGCAACGGGAGCUCACCCCGUUGUGGGGAUUCGAACCGCCGACCUUCUGAUCGGCAAGUCCUAGGCUCUGUGGUUUAACCCACAGCGCCACCCACGUCCCUUACUCAGGUCCUGGACAUGCUCUCCAAAUAGCCGCAAAAGGAGGUGGUCACAUGGGUUGCUAAAGAGGAAGUGUGAGUCAAAAAAGGCUAAUCGCCCCACGCAGGAGCCAUAAUAUUGGCUCAUGGUUGGUUCACUGUCCUAUACCCAAAGCCGAAGAGCCUCUCCCCACCUUUUGUAGUAUGAUGCUGUAGCUUGGAUUCAAACCUGGCAAAUUUGAGUCUUAACAAGAGUGUUGAUUAUGGAAGUAAAAAUUGUAAACAGGUUCUGUUUGUUUGUUUGUGUUUGUUUGUUUUGAAAGUACGGUGGUACCUCGAGUUACAAACGCCUCAGGUUACAAACGCUUCAGGUUACAAACUCCGCUAACCUGGAAGAGUUACCUCGAGUUGAGAACUUUGCCCCAGGAUGAGAAUGGAAAUCGUGUACCUGCGGCGCAGUGGCAGCAAGAGGCCCCAUUAGCGAAAGCAUGCCUCUACUUAAGAACAGUUUCAGGUUAAGAACAGACCUCCGGAAUGAAUUAAAUUUGUAACUAGAGGUACCAUUGUGCAUUAUGAGAGAUCUUAACUUGAGGGGGAAGUUAACGGCUUUGUUUUCAUGUGUCUUGACAGGAUUUGCAGAGUACUAACCUCCUGGAAGUGUGUAUGGCUCUGACUGUGGCAAGCCAAAUCUUUCCGCGGGAAAUGAUUCCAGCUGUCCUUCCGCUAAUAGAAGAUAAACUUCAGCAUUCAAAGUAUGUCUUUGCUUACAAAAUUCUAGGAAACCUGAGUUCAGUUUCAGAACUGUGAUAUAAGCAUGGAUCUUAAGAUAUGUCUGGAUGAAACAAUAGUAUAGUUGGCUGCCAAUCAGGUGCACUGAUUUGUCUCUUCUAGGGAAAUUAUCAGAAGAAAAGCAGUCCAAGCGUUGUACAAGUUCUACCUUAUUGCUCCCAACCAAGUUCAGCACAUCCACGACAAGUUCCGGAAGGCACUUUGCGACAGGGAUGUGGGAGUUAUGGCUGCUUCGUUGCACAUCUAUCUCCAAAUGGUGAAGGUGGGGAUCUUAAACAGCAACAGCACUGGAUAACCAUGUACUGCAUCGAAAAACACCUAGCAGCACACUUGUUCCACUGGGAAAUUGUUUUGCACCAGUGGAAUUUCUUUGCACAAGAGAGUGCACACACAGCUGCUGCUAAUUUUAUUGUGCAAGAGACCCCACAAUGUGCCAUGCGACAAGUUUCCACUAGCACAGGGGCGGGAAAGCUUUUGAGCUCCAUUUGGCUCAGGAUCAGCCUUGUGGGCCAAAUUUUACAGAUGGACGGGACAGCCUACCUUCCAUUUACAUGAUGUCACAUGAUUGACACAUGGAUGACCCCCGCCUGCCUCUUAAAAUCCCUUGCACAGGAUUCCCAAGUGCCUGGCAGCCAGCUGGGAACAUGCAGCCGCUUCAAAUCCUUCUUUGCUGUUUGCAAAGCGCUUUCUGACAGUCCCCUUUGCUCAUGUUUCAGCCUCUACGGGGUCAAUGGCCUUAAGCCCUUUGCAAAAUUGCCCUUUGAAACACCUGUCCCCCUACUUUGGACAUUGAUGUUUAAAGGAAAAGAGGUACAGCAGCUUCAAAAAGUGCUUUUUGCAAAGGGUUUUCAGGCAGCUCCUCCACCGCUCCUGUUUGAGCCUCUGGCAGCUGGAACAGCAGCAUUGGGGCUGUUUAAAGAACUUUGCAAAAAGUACUAAGUAAUUAUUUGAAGUUGCUCUGCAUUUAUUCAAGUCGGGUGGGGGGAUCCUUGCUCCUCUUGCCCACCUGCCUGCUUAAAGGAGAAGCUUUGAGCUGUUUCAGAGUGCUUUUGCAAAGGGCUUUAACUCUCACCAUUCAGCUCAUGAAUGGGGAUUAAAUCCUGUUCCCUGUUUGGGACGGUGUGGAGCCAAUGCAGUAUUAAACUGUCCUCCCACCAGCCUGAUGGGCAAGUGGAUGUGGUCUGGGGGAAAUGGCAUUACUGGCCAAAUAGGGCAUCUUGAUGGGCCAAGACUGAUCUCCUGGCCAGAGGUUUACCACCCCUGCACUAGUGCAAAUGUUGACUUGGAUUCCACUUGUGGACAUCAUUACAACUCAUCAAUGUGCAAGAUAUUUUGCCAGCAGACAUAGAAUGCUGGACACUGCACAAUAUGACCUGGGCUUAUGCCUUCAGUGAAGUGACCAAGAGAAACCUUAACUGUGCAUCAGCAUUGCAGCAUUUCUGUCUGCUCAGGCCAGUGUUUGUGCACUUCUGACAUAUUAUUAUACGAAAAGCUGCCUUCUACUGAGUCAGACCAUUGGCCCAUCUCAUUCAGUAUCGCUUGCACUGGCUUGCAGCAGCUCGCCAGCGUUUUGGCUAGGGUCUCUCCCAACCCUAGCAGGAGAUGCUGGAGUUGAACCCGGGACCUUUUGAUGGGCGUAAUGAGUUUCUUUUGCACAUUUUUGUGCUUCUUGGCUGUAUUUUAUUUUGAUUUUUAAAAUAGGGGGAAAAAACAUUGCAUGAAAAAGCAAGGAGAGACAAAUGAGUAAGUGAAACAUUAAUAGCUUUUGUUUCUGUUUCUAUAAGGUCUCUCUGUGUUUUGUCUCUUUGUCUAGGAAAACUCUUCUGGAUACAAAGACUUGACUGGCAGCUUUGUCGCUAUUCUAAAGCAGGUAGUGGGAGGAAAACUCCCUGUAGACUUCAAUUAUCACAGUGUGCCAGCUCCUUGGUUACAAAUCCAGCUUCUAAGAAUAUUGGGGCUGCUUGGAAAAGAUGAUCCAAGGUAGACUUUCUCUUCUUGGCUUGAACUUUUCAACAGUUCACGCUGGUCCCUCUCACUUUGUUACCGUACUCCCAUGAAACAAAAAAUAAAACAAUAAGUUUUGCAAGGGGCAGGGUUUGCCAUCUGUUCCUCAACCGUUGACGCGGCUCAUUCUUUGCGCUGCUCCAGUAAUGAUAUGAAGGUCCCCCCUUAAAACGAUCAUAAGGGGUGGUUGGACUACAUGACUGAGAUCGUGAGGCUAAUUUUGUGCUAAAAAACAUUGUUCCUUCUCUCUUUGUAACAGGACCAGCGAAUUAAUGUAUGAUGUUCUGGAUGAAUCUUUAAGGAGAGCGGAGAUAAACCAUAACAUUACGUAUGGUAGGUUACAGCACAUUUCCUAAACGAAGGAUAUAGGGCAGAUUUCAGUGCCUGAACUAACCUUUGCAGGAAGCGAGUCUGGGGAACUAAGGCGGAUAGCGGUGACAAGAGAUGAAAUUCUAGGCUUGCCAUCAAAAGACAUGAGAAUACCUGAGAGAUCAUUCCGUAAGCAGACUUUCUGGGUGAUUAUCACUGUUGAGCAUUAGCAAGCAGGGGAACUCAGAAAAGAACCUCAGAAGGUCUUAACACAUGGAUUAAUGUGGUCCUUUAAAGGUACCCAUACAUAGAUCGGAAGGUAACUAAGGGUGUUUCAGAAUGUAAGAAAUGCAUUCCUGAAGCAGCUAGCCUAUCCUUCAAAUACAUCCAGUAGAAAUGGAACAUGGAGUGCUAGAAAUAUAAAAAUCCACAUGCUCAGGAGUGCUUUCAACAAAGGCCACAGCACCAAAGUUCUGAUGUCUCUAUAAACUAAUGAGACUUGUUUAAUAUUCAUGUGCCUAUUUGUUUUUACAGAAACUAUCAUUUUCUUUUUCAUUGAUCUUCUUGCAGCAAUCUUGUUUGAAUGUGUCCAGACAAUUUACACAAUUUACCCUAAAUCUGAUCUACUUGAGAAGGCCGCCAAAUGCAUUGGAAAAUUUGUCCUGUCGCCUAAAAUUAAUUUGAAAUAUUUGGGUAAGUUCUCCCGAUUGUCACAACCCUGUGCGUUUGAUGCCGAAUGCCCGUGUUUUCAGCUUGCAUUCUUUGCAGUAACUUUUCUUUCUAGGAUUAAAGGCCCUAACAUAUGUUGUCCAGCAGGAUCCUGCCCUAGCACUGCAGCACCAAAUGACAAUAAUUGAGUGCUUGGAUCAUCCUGAUCCCAUUAUUAAAAGAGAGGUAAGUGGAAUUUUAACAAGCACAAUCUUUAGUAAUAAAUUUCAAAUUGGUAUUCUCUUAAUAUUGCUCCCCCAUUGUGGGGAUUUGUGAUAUUUACUGUAAGAAUGACAGCUUCCCAUGUUUGUGCGGGAUAUAAUGUGCAUAUUAGAUGGUUUUGAAAGAAGUUAUCAUUCCUCUUUAACUUCUGACAUAAAGAUAUUGAGCAAAAUGAAAAAUGUUACCUUUAGACUGAUUUAGUGCCAGCAUAGCAAGAUACCCAUCUGGAACUAAUGACUACUUUUGUAUCUGGGAGUGUACUGGUCUGUUCUUUCCAUUAGGAGUAGCCAAUCCAUGAAUGCAAAAUAAAAAUGAAAUAAAAUUGUUAGUAUAGAUUGGGUUUCUAGCUGAAAAGAAAAAAACCCUUGUGAACCAGAGUACAUGCAGAUUUCUAGGUGAGGUUGUCGCCUGCAGUCCAGUCCAGUGGUACCUUGAUUUGCAUAUGUUUUGGAUUACAAACAUGUCAAACCUGGAAGUGCGUGUCCCGGUUUGCAACCAUUUUUUUGGAUUACAACCCAUUUUUUUAUUAUUACGAACCAAUUUUUUUUGGAGACCCCAAUGGCGAAAGCGUACCUUGAGUUACAACCUGUUUUGGUUUACAAAUGGACCUCCGGAACAGAUUAUGGUUGUAAACCAAGGUAACACUGUAUUCCAUGUGUGUUGUGUGGACACAAGCACAUGCAGUUGCAAACUUGUGUAAAAAGGUACAGUCAUACCUCGGGUUGAAGUAGCUUCGGGAUAAGUAUUUUCGGGUUGCACGCUGCGGCAACCUGGAAGUAACGGAGUGCGUUACUUCCGGGUUUCGCCGCUCACGCAUGCACAGAUGGUCAAAAUGACAUCAUGUGCAUGCGCAGAAGCAGUGAAUCACAAAUCGCGACCCGCGCAUGCGCAGGUUGCAUUCGCUUCUGGAUGUGAACGGGGCUCCGGAGCGGAUCCCGUUUGCAUCCAGAGGUACCACUGUAAAGGUAAAGGGACCCCUGACCAUUAGAUCCAGUUGUGGCCGACUCUGGGGUUGCGGCGCUAAUCUCGCUUUAUUGGCUGAGGGAGCCGGCAUACAGCUUCCGGGUCAUGUGGCCAGCAUGACUAAGCCGCUUCUGGCGAACCAGAGCAGCUCACGGAAAUGCCAUUUACCGGCGAAGUGGUACCUAUUUAUCUACUUGCACUUUGAUGUGCUUUCGAACUGCUAGGUUGGCAGGAGCAGGGACCGAGCAAGGGGAGCUCACCCUGUUGCGGGGAUUCGAACCACCGACCUUCUGAUCGGCAAGUCCUAGGCUCUGUGGUUUAACCCACAGCGCCACAUGAAUGUCUCAGCAGCGUGAUUUCUGAAGUUCCCUUGCUGAUGCAUAUGCAUUUUUCAGUAUGCUUACUUCCUUGUGUUUCCUCAACCAGAGCUCUAACAGGAACCAUUUCUGUUGUUUCUAUGAGGGAGUUCAUGCAGGAAACGUUCGUUCUUAUGCAUUUCCUUUAUGGUUCCAUGUUAACCCAUUCUUAAAGCUCUGUAAAUGUUAAGAUGCAUGGUACUUGUUUAUUCAGAGCAUGGCUUUGGUCAUAUUCACAACCCUGAAGCAUGUUGCUUAUUAUGCUGCUGUUCUGUUUGGGGACAGCUAAACAUUGGCAUGGUUAACGUUUUUCUUUCUUCAGACAUUGGAACUACUGUAUAGAAUCACCAACGGGCAGAAUGUCACUGUCAUAGUACAGAAGAUGCUUGACUACCUUACUCAAAGUAAGGAGGAGUAUACCAUCAUCAACAUAGUUGGCAAAAUAGCAGAAUUAGCUGAAAAAUAUCCUUUGAAUGCAUCUGGAAUGGUUACGUCAUGAGUGUAUUGCUUCUCCUAAAUGUGCAUUAGUAAGCUUUAAGAAAACACUGCAGAGAAUUGCUGUAUGGUUGUGGAAGUUCAGUUUUCCUUAAUGUUUCCUGACACAUAUGCUCCUGACAAUGAAUGGUUCAUCCAGACUAUGAAUGCAGUAUUUUCCGUAGGAGGAGAUAAAAUGCACCCUGACAUCCCAAACAGCUUCUUGCAGCUCCUUGCUGAAGGUGAGCAUAAUAUACAAAAUUAAGUAGCGGAAGUAGGGAGUAGUGUCAUUUGUCUUUUAUGGAGAAAACACACACACACACAUCGCGAAAGAGAAAUAUAUUGUGAUGUCCUUUCUAGGUUUUGAAGAUGCAAAGGAAGAUAGCCAGCUGCGACUUCAUGCUGUCCAGUCCUAUCUUGCGCUGCUAGAGGAUGAAAAUGCAGUUUAUCCACAGAAAUUCCUUCAAGUAAUGAGUUGGGUAAGAAAAGACACAGAUUAGAAAGGAAAGAUGGGAAUUGUAGGGGCGCGGGUGGCGCUGUAGGGACGCGGGUGGCGCUGUGGGUUAAACCACAGAGCCUAGGACUUGCUGAUCAGAAGGUCGGCGGUUCAAAUCCCCGCGACAGGGUGAGCUCCUGUUGCUCGGUCCCUGCUCCUGCCAACCUAGCAGUUCGAAAGCACCUCAAAGUGCAAGUAGAUAAAUAGGUACCACUCUGGUGGGAAGGUAAACGGCGUUUCCAUGCGCUGCUCUGGUUUGCCAGAAGCGACUUAGUCAUGCUGGCCACAUGACCCGGAAGCUGUACGCCGGCUCCCUCGGCCAAUAAAGCAAGAUGAGCAUCGCAACCCCAGAGUCGGUCAUGACUGGACCUAAUGGUCAGGGGUCCCUUUACCUUUACCUUUAUGGGAAUUGUAGGUACAGCAUAGGCAAUUGAAAUUUGAGUUGUGAUAAUAUUUUAAGGGAAGUUGAGACAUGGUUGUCUGUGUGUAAAUGGUCAUUUGUUUCACACAGUGACAGGAUGCUGUUCUUUUAUUUAGCUGUCGGCAGGGGGCAUCAUUGGGCCAAGGUUAAGCGCUUCAUAAUUCCACUGAUUUCACUGUGAGACUUAAGCAUGUGUUUCCGCUUCUCACACCUCCAGCAUUAAAUUGCCGAAUUCCCAGCAUGGCUGAAAAGUGAUAAACUGAAACUAAGAGGGCUGCUGCCUUGCUAGAGGAGUGGUCUUCAUGCUUUUCUAAGAAGCUUGAGUUUCCAAAAAAAGGAAGUCCUUCUGUUUUGCACUGAUAAGAUUAAAAUUUGUGUGGUUUUUAUUUUUUUAAGGACCAGGAACAAGAAGGUUUGUGAGAAAACCCCCCAAAUCUAUUUUUUUUAAUAUCCUUUGUUUCAUAGAUCAUGAUUUUUCAAGGGCUGAGACAGUUCUUUCACACCUAGGGACAAGUGUUUCUGUGUUUGACAGCUGCAUGCUUAAUUAUUAUUUUUAAAAAUAAAUUAUAACAAUCAUAUGCCACCCAAUAAAAUGUGACAUUUUUAGUAACCUGUUCCAUGAUCAGUUUUCAGUAUGGUUGGCAACCUGUGGUUUUUCAGUAGAUUGCCUUGUUUUUACUAGACAACUACAUUUCUGAGGUCAGCUUGUAUGACCAAUAAGAAACAAGAAGUUGCCUUAUACCAAAUCAGAUCAUUGGUUCAUCUGGCUCAGAAUUGUCAAGACUGACUGGCAGCAUCCCUGCAGGACUUCAGAGAGGGAUUGUGUGAAAUCAUUAUGCCUUUUGUAACUACACUGUGACUUGUUUUUAACUUUGUUUUGAAAAUAUUUGCUGCUGAAUGUUCUCAGUGGGACUGCAGUCAUGUACUUUGAGCUGUGUUAAAUUCUGCAGACCUAGGACUUUGACAUUGAAACCUGCUUGUUUCCUCCUCUGGGUCCAGUAAAAUUUCUUUCUGCCAUUCUGGGUUGCUUAAGAAAGUUUUGAGGAUAAAAGUUUGUGUUUCAGCUCAGGUGUCGGCUUAUUGCACAUCUUAUUAAUUUAUCUGCAAACUCUGUGGGGUUUUUUUGUUCUGAAAUUCAGAUUUCCUUCUGCACACCUCAGUGGCUUUUUCUACGCCCUUGACUUUUUCUGUGCUUUUGCACAAAUGCAAGACACGGAGACGAAUUUUCAUUUCCUCAUUGCUCAUAGCCUUCAUAUGCUGAUCAUGGUGUUUAUAACUGUCCUCCGACAGGUGUUGGGGGAAUAUGCGUACCUUAUGAAGAACGUGGAUCCAGAAGUUGUCUUGGCGAGUUUGCAUAGGAUACUUAGGAACAAUGCCUCUCCUGAAACCAAAGCCUGGAUCGUGGCUGCAGCCACUAAAAUAGCUUCUCAUACCACCUGUUCAAAAACUGUUGAAAAACUUAUCAUGGAAUUCAGUACCUCCUUGGAUACUUGCAUGAGGCAGUAUGCCUUUGAAUUAAAGCAUCUGUAUGAAAACAAAGAAUUGAUGAAGCAACUGUUUCCUGUUGAUGCUAGUUGCAAGGACGUAGUGGUGAGUUAAUGACAUCGCAUCUCUGUGUGUGUUGUUGCUUCAUCCUUGGGAUCUGAAUGUUUCUUCAGAACACAGUGGAGAGGAGAGUACCAUGUUUCUAAAUCUUGUGCAAACAUUACAGACAGUUUGAACCUAUAUAGAGGCAUCUCACUUCCACUGUGAGUAGCAAGAUCUCAUAGCCUUUUUGAAUAGAAGCUAAUGGAUAAUGUUCGGCUUUUAUGUCAGGCAACAUGCUAGGAUUGCUCCCUUCUGAUUUCUUAACUGCACCAGUGAGGCUGGGGUGAAAAAAAACACUCACUUGGAGUAUUUAAUUGUUAUAGUAGUUAAGAGCAAAUUUAGAUGGUGGGAUGGUAUUUUCUUAAGAGGCUGAUAACUGAAUAAUCAUCACCUUUUGACCUCUCCCCCUAAUUCAUUGCAGGUAGAUGCUUCCUUAUCUUUCUUAGAUGGAUUUGUAGCAGAAGGACUGGAUCGUGGUGCAGCGCCAUAUAAACCUCAUCACCAAAGACAAGAGGAGAAGCUGUCUCAGGAAAAAGGUAACUGCGUGUUUUCUUUUCCUGCAAAUGCUAGCCAGUAUAGUCCUAGGACAAGCAUAUGUUUAAUGUGACUGCAUGGAAAGUUUAGGGGGGAAACUCCCCCAGUGGUUUUGCACCUUGUUCCAUGAUGAGUAUGCAUCAGAGAGACAAUGCCUUUUUGGGGUGGGGGGGAGGUACCGUAUUUUUCGCUCCAUAAGAUGCACUUUUUUCUUCCUAAAAAGUAAGGGAAAAUGUCUGUGAGUCUUAUGGAGCGAAUGUGUGGUCCCUGGAGCCGAAUUGCCCAGGGGAGAAAAAGCAGAUCAUGCUCUUUUCUUUUUUUUUGAAAGAGGGAAGGGGGUGUUGAAAGGAAGCAGCUGAUCGGCAAGCAAUCGGGAGGGAGAUAAGGUUGCUGGUAAAGGAGGCUGCCAGGGGAGGGGGGAGGUAAAAGCCCAUGGAUCCUUAGGAUUUUUGUGUUGGGUCACCCCAAAUUCACCAUCAGAUCCCAUAGCUUGUCCAUGGCUAUAGCCUGCACCAAAAAAAUCACACAUCCACUGUUUCGUGGGGCGCAAAAACGUGGUUACAAAGCACGGAUCCACAUGGAUUCUCAGGAUUUUUGCAUUGGGCUACCCCAAACUCACCGUCAAAUCACAUGUAUGUGGCCAUAGAAUGAACCACAAAAAUCAUACAUCUACUGUUUCGUUCAGAAUAGUUUUUUUCUUGUUUUCCUCCUCUAAAAACUAGGUGUGUCUUAUGAUCAGGUGCGUCUUAUGGAGUGAAAAACACGCACCUUUCCCCCCCCUUGCAAUUAUCAGCAUGCAUGGCCAACAUUUUGGGAUUGGGAUGAGAUUCUGUCAAAUAUGUUAAGUUACAGAUCUAGACAGGGAUAGGUGGUCUUUCAAGUAAGCUGCUCUCAAGCUUUUCAGGGCCCUACGGUGUUGGCAGUGUGAUUUCCAUAGUAGCCAACCUAUGAUCCUGCAAUGAAACAUGCUUUUACCAGACCUCAAAUAUUGCAAAAUGCAGACACUCAUAAGAACAGCCUGCUGGAUCACUCCAGUGGUCUGUCCAGUCCUGUUCUCACAGUGGCCAAGCCACUCUCCACUUCAUGAAUUGCUAUAUGAAUUGCUCCAUGACGAGCAGCUAUUGGAGUUUGCCUUCCCCAUUAAAUGCUUGUUGCUCUUUAAUGUUUAGUCAAGUGGUUUUAAAUGUGAAGAAUAGCUUGAUUAUAUUGUAUAGUCUAUUGCAAUAUUUGAUAUGCACAUCUAUUUAAUAAAGAUGCUUUCUGUUAAAACUGGUAUUUUAGAACUGUCGCUUUUGUAGGCCUCUUUUCAGAAUAGAUUCCGUCUUGAAUUCAAAAUGUGCUGUAUUUCUGAAAAACACAAGGGUUUCACUAAUUACUGGUAUUUAAUAUUAAGAUGCUGAAUGUGGAAUAUUCUUGUCAGAACAUCAUCAUCAGUGACGCAGAUUACAGGAGAGGCAGGCUGUUCUCUAAUAUUUUUAAAUCUGGUCUUCUGUUUUGAUGAGUAAUUUUCCAUCUUUUCAGCUCUGAAUUUUGAACCUUAUGGACUAUCACUUUCCCAGAGCUUCUCAGCGUCUGGUUUUACUGGCAGACAAUCUCCAACUGGACUUUCUCUGGGGUCUGACAUCUCUGUUAAUAGUGCUGAGACUGGACAGAAGGAGUGAGUAUCUCUUAUCGCUUCAGCAAUGACUUAAUAUGUAGUUGAGUUCCCUGUCUGUUCUUAUCUUGCUAUUUGUAUAGGGAAAUGCUGGCUCUGCGGAAAAAAGCAAUUGCCUUUCUGGCCUAGUAAGCAAAAAUGCCAUUUCACCAACAAUAAUUCAUUGCUAGGUUGGCCUCUCCCCCCCCCCCCCAUACUGCAUUAGCUGGAUUGUAUUAAUUCACAUCACAUCUGCAUUUUAUUUAAUAUUGAAAUGAAAUGCAUAAAGUCCCAGGGUUUAACACCUGAACUAUAAGCUGCAUUUAGAAUUUUAGUUCUGUAAGAUCCAAACUUCAUGGGAAGUCUAUGAUUUGGUUCCCCAACACUUUUUAUUUAAAAGUAAUAAUAAUAAUAAUAAUAAUUUAUUAUUUGUACCCCGCCCAUCUGGCUGGGUUUCCCCAGCCACUCUGGGCGGCUUCCAUAGAAACAAAAAAUACAGUAAAAUAUCACAGAUUAAAAGCUUCCCUGAACAGGGAAUGCCUUCUAAAUGUCAGGUAGUUAUUUAUCGCUUUGACAUCUGAUGGGAGGGCGUUCCACAGGGCGGCCGCCACUACCGAGAAGGCCCUCUGCCUGGUUCCCUGUAGCUUUGCUUCUCGCAAUGAGGGAACUGCCAGAAGUAGCUGUGUUGGGCUCUCAGUUAUAUUGCACCUGCCAUGCUGAGAGCUGACUCUUCUCCUCAUGCUAUUACAGUGGUACCUUGGGUUAAGAACUUAAUUCGUUCCGGAGGUCCGUUCUUAACCUUAAACUGUUCUUAACCUGAAGCACCACUUUAGCUAAUGGGGCCUCCUGCUGCCGCCACGCCGCCAGAGCACGAUUUCUGUUCUCAUCCUGAAGCAUGGUUCUUAACCCAAGGUACUAUUUCUGGGUUAGCGGAGUCUGUAACCUGAAGCGCAUGUAACCUGAAGCGCAUGUAACCUGAAGCGUAUGUAACCCGAGGUACCACUGUAUUCUUGUUCACCCCAGUGGGAAAAAUACAGUGUUGUACCCAACUGAGUUCUACUCAGAGUAGGACCACUGAAAUUAAUAUACCUAAGUUAGUCAUGCCUAUUUAUUUUGAUGGCUCUACUCUGAGCAGGAUUAACUUUGGCUGCAACCCACAGAUAUCACAAGGGGCAACCAAUUAGGUCAGGCUUUGCCAACCUGGUGCCUUCCAAAUGUUUUGGACUACAACUCCCAUCAUCCCCAACCAGCACUGGAUGAUGGGAGUUGUAGUCCAAAAAAAACAAACCUGGAGGGACCAGGUUGACAAAGCCUGGAUUAGGUUACAUCUUCAGCUUGUUCAACAUAGGAAAAUUGGGUUUCUGAAAGACUUUACAAGAAUAGACUGACUCUUCGGAAGCACUUUGAGUGACUCCUCCUGAUCACUGUGUUGACUUUUCCUGAUUGCAAAUUCUUUAGGGCCAACAGUCUGAAGCUAGAUGGAGUGAAGAAACUAUGGGGGAAAGAAGGCUACCUCCCCAAGAAGGAAAGCCAAGCAGAAAAAGAAGACAACGCCAAGUCUGUUCUGGAAGGCAGUCCGUUUGCAGAGCAUAUUGUUGGCAGCUUUCCAUUCCAACCUGAGCAAGAAAUGACUGGUCCCUUGGAGGGAGAGGAAGAGAAGCGUCAACUGGCGUCAACACUCUUUGUUGGCUUAGGGUCUCAAAGCAGCAUCAGUCUGGUAUGGCAGCUAAUUGCGUUUCAUAGGAGGGGCUGGGCCACCCUUUAAAGGAUAUGUCCCCAAACUUCCAAGCAUGUGUUCUGAGCUCUCACCCUGCUUACUACACAUUUUGUGACAUGUGAACAGGGUCCAAGUUUGGAAGAUCCAUUAUUUUUCUUUGGUGUGUUCAAUAGUGCGUUCUCCUUGAAAUCUGUCCCCCGGCCUGCAUUGCAAAAGUAUUUUGAAGUUGAGGGGAGUUGCGAAAGUAGCAAUCCGCUGCAGGAGCCAGCUGUUCAAUAAGAAAAAAUCCAGGCAGUCUGUUGAGUUUGUGCAACCCCCUGGCGUACCCCAAAGAUUCUGCUUGGAUUCUGGCUGAAUGCCUGAAAGUCCCUCCCACUAAGUGUGUUCAUGCAAGUCCCAUGAUUUGCAUCUCUUGGCCUUCUACAGUUUGGAAACCCCCUUUUUUCCACGGAAGAGAAACAUUAGCCAAGUACAUGCCUUACUGUUUCCCUUUUCUCUGUGGCUUUUUAUAUCCUCCACCAGUUUAACAGCCACAGCAUGGAUAUUAAUAUGCAGGAUUAGCAUCCCAAAGGGGUAAGAUUGUAUUGCCUUGUUGCCAUGUUGCAACAACCAGUGACCCUAAACGGCAUGUGAGUUAACAUCCCCUUUGCUGAGUAAGUUGGCUUGACCUCCCCUGACAUGAGUCCUCAGAAAAUCCUUCCAAAACUAUGAAAGCAACACCUGUACAGUCGUACCUUGAUUUUUGAACAGCUUAGUUCUCAAACGUUCUGGCUCCCGAAUAUUGCAAACCCGGAAGUGAGUGUUCCGGUUUGUGAACUGUUUUUGGAAACCGAACAUUCAAUGGGGCUUCCACAGCUUCCGAUUGGCUGCAGGAGCUUCCUGCAGCCAAUCAGAAGCCGUGCUUUGGUUCCCAAACAUUUUGGAAGUUGAAAGGAUACAAAGGUACGAGUGUAUUUUCUUAUUCCUGUAAGACACUGGUCUUUCAGUUAAUAGGCUGGGAUCCCAUAACUGGCUUGUGCCCCUAUCAAAAUGUGGGUGGUGAUACCACUACCUAUAUUUUUUUUAAUGUUCCAAAGAGAAGGGGAGUGAGAGGGGAAUAACAGAGUGGAAGAAGAGAGAGCACACAGAAAAAGGAGAAAAAACACAUAUGAUCAAAUUAAGACAUGCUGAGUCCCUGAGCUAUGCUAGGUUUAAGAGGCCCUGUAGCAGUACGUCUUCACCACCUCUGGUGUGUAUUCUAACAGAAAGGACAAUGACAAUAGAAAUAGUAAAGUUUUAUAUUUCCAUUCAUAGAGGUCCAUAGGCGAGGCAGCAACUAACAGUCUGUCUAAAGCAUAUUUUGCAAUAAGACAGUUUGCAUAUGAAAUACCUUCACAUGGCAAUACUUUAUGAUUUCCUACUUAGCAUAUGUGAAAAUGUUUAAUUCAGUUUGUUGUAUCCUGCCCCACUUUUUUUUUAACCAAUUAUGUAAAAUUUGAAAUUUGUGGGUCGGGGGGGAGGUGUGUGCAUUUAGAACCCCAUCAUAAUCUGAAGCCCUAAGAUGCAACUUAUUCACCCUGUGCAUAAAGGUGGCUCUGGAGUCUGAAAAAGUUGCAAUGUACUACCUGAAACAGUAGGCUGUACCCAAAUUUGUGUGUUCCCCCCUCCUUCCCUGAAUUAACAUACAUUUUCUGUGUCCUUUUAAAACUAAGAUGGGCAAGCGAGACUCCACAGCUCAGAAGCUCCGAAGGAAAUCAAAAACAAGCAAAACCCAAAAUAGUGAGGAAUCAUCCAGUAUCGAAAGUGCUGCUGGCCCUUCCCUCUGCUCUUUUCCUGAUGGGAUAUCUAGGAACAAGAACAUCUUCCAAAACAAUGGACACCUAAGAUUAAGGAAAUCUUCACUGAGUUCCGCUGGAACUUCUGAAUCAAAGGUGGUACUUGAUAGGUCUCAUUCUCUGCCGGAAGCUGAACUGAAUGAGAAGCUUUUGGGUCACAGACUUUCAUUGUCCUCUCUGUUUGCGGAUGGCAAUAUGGAAGUUUUCCAGCCUUCUCCAAGUGCUCAGGCUACGGCCCCCCAGCAACUCUCUUUGAUGCCUUACUUACCAGAAGAAGCAGCCAAACACCCUCAUUCGGAAAUCGUAGAGCUCUGCAGCAACGAAACACUGGUUUUGUCCUCUUGUAAAAUCUGGAAAGAUGACUCUGUCCUACUCUUCUUAUUUCUUGCCAACAAAAGCACUUGCAUACUUAAAGCUGUGAAUCUGGAAUUUGAGCACGCAGAACAUUUUAAGGUAACAUGAGCAGUAGCUACAAGUUGGACCACAUAACUCUUUGGGUCCCUUCUGACUCUACAGUUCUGUAAUUCUAUUAAGUUUACCACUGCUUUUCCUUUAAAAGAAAUCUUGGCGGUGGUGAUAUUAAAAUACUUGUAAACCUCUUGGCUCUCCCCCCCCCCUCCUGUUUUAUUGUAGAUUUCAGAAAGCCUUGGUUGCCACUUCGCUGCGGUAGAAGCUCAGAGCAUGGAAAGCUUCCAGACGUGUGUCGAGAUGGAGGGGCUGUGCUCUUCGGAGACGCUCUCUGGGUCCAUCAGUUACUUUCUAGAGUCUGAUGCACUCCUCAGAUUUUCUGUAACUUUAGAACUGUUGGAUUUUAUCAGGUACCUACGCGAAAUAGCUGGGAACAAAUGAAGUGUUUUAAAGCAAAUAUUAAUUUGAAUUCACUUGCUAUGCUUUAUCUUGUUUGUAAUAUUUUGUCAUAUCUCAUGCUUAUGCACACACACACACACACACAGAGAGAGAGAGAGAGAGAGAGAGAGAGAGAGAGGCUCUUUUGUUUCUCAGACUCUUCAUUAUCAAAAACUUGUGGUGCUUCCUAGGUAAUUUGAAACAUAUGAGUGUAGAGAGGAGAGGGCAUGGGGGGAAAAAUCAUUUAAGGGUCUUCCCCACUCUAAAAGUGGAAGGGAAACCAUGUCUGUUUCUCUGGUACUUCUGAUCUCCAUAUGCAUGUCCUCAGAGUGUAAAAAGACAACUUGUAGACUGCCUUUUUGCUGUCUCAACUAGAUCCCAUAUCUGUGCUAGAGGAUGUCAGUCCAGUACAUUUAAGGAACAGCCCAGCUGACAAUUUUAAUGGAAUCUUGUUUAGGUUGACAAUUUCAGGCUGCAGGAUAGUGUGAAAAUACUUCAUGGUGGGGCAGAAAGUUUUGUUUUCAUUGUCUUCUUGGGAACAGCUUUCUCUUCUAAGUACAUAUUGCAAAAUCUGCUUCUAUUUCAUAUUGCAUUUUCAGGCCAAUGAAAAUGAGCACUGAUGAAUUUGGAAAACUGUGGCUCUCCAUUUCGAAUGAUGUCAAACAAAACCUAAAGAUGACAUCAUCUCAGGGAUCUUUGUCAGCCGUCCUAAGCAUUUUGCAGCAAAAGCUGAACCUACAUAUAGUUGAUAUCAUAGGUAAGUAGCUUGGGAUUUCUUUAGAUUUGUAUCAAGGAUGAUCCUAGGCAGGCAGUGAAACAGGCCAGUUAUAACCAGGGUCAACCCUUGUUCACCAGAAGCCAGUUCUCAUUUGCAAGGUGAUGACCCUAUUAUCUUUGUCACAAUGUAUUUUGAUGAUCUGCAGGAUACUUCGUUCUUGGAAAGUGGACUUGAUCACACCAACUGCGUGCCAAAAAAACUGGUUCUUAAUUGAUCACAUUGUCUUGUGCCAAACCCAGACUGAUUUUUUUUUAUUGAUAACCUGCUUUGUACAGAACUGUAGGAAUGUAUUGUGGAUGAAAUUACGAUGACAUUAAUAAGGGAAAAAACCCAAUUUUUCCUCCCUUUAGGUAGUGAGGGAAUAGCAUCAUGCCGACUGCUUCCAUCCGUCCCCUGUUUACUGCAUUGCCGUGUCCAUGCUGGGAUGCUGUCGCUGUGGUUCAGAUCCCAUUGUCCGGCUCUUCCAGACUGUUUACUUUAUCAGUGUCAAAAGGUGAUGGAAGAAUCCUGA